UAAACAUUGAGCAAUGUACUUCACUGAUAUUCUACUAUCAGCAGUUCAUUCUGGUUAUAACGAUAACCGAGUAGUGAUGAUUAGUCAUGACACAGGCAAUGUCUAACCUACGUAUACUGUUUCUAACGUAACGCAUUAGUGUGAUUAUCGUCUAAAAACUGAAAAAACAUCUCACUAAAUGAUGAGAGAUGCGUACCAGGGGCCUGCUAUUGUUCCUUAUCUGCAUAGCAGGGAGCAGCAUUAUUUUCAUUGCUAUGAGCAGUCAACGACCUUCUAUUCAGACUCUGGUUACAGAGACUCACAAACAGCUACGUAACUUCCAAGAAAACUUGAAAGAUGUUGAAGAGAAACGCUUGGUGACAGACUCUAAGUAUCUUGCAAUGCUUGGCUUGGAUGGACAGGCAAGCACAACACCAUUUAGUCUUAAAUCUCAAAAUGUGACUGUUGUCUCCCUCAUAAGGCCAGGAAACGAACAGCACAUAUAUGGCUUUGUUAGAAAUGUCAGUCAUUUUUUGCCAAAUAAUAGUAUUGUCAUUUAUAGUGUUGGAUUAAAUGAUAAUUCUUUGCAAAACAUUAGAACAGCUUGUAACUCUACAAAGUGUAAUGUGACUCAGUUUGACACAAGUCAGUUUCCUGCACACGUCGAAGAUGAUAGACUGCAUGUGUAUAGACCUUUAAUUAUUCAGACAGCUUUAAACGCAUUAGGAAACAUAUUGUAUAUGGAUUCAAAUGUGCGUUUGAAUUCGUCAGAUAUUUCGAAGUACCUUCUACCAAAAUCUGGGAUUUUAACCUGGCCUACGAGGCACGCCAUUAGCUCCUUGACGCAUCCAAAGAUGUAUGAAUAUUUUCACGUUUCUGCAGAAAGUUUUUUCUUUCUCCCUUUAAUAAGAGCAUCGCACUUAGUUGUUAGGAAUGUUAAAGAAAUUAGAGAGAAAAUAAUGUUGCCAUGGGUUCAAUGUGCGCUAACAAGAGAUUGCAUUUGUCCCAUUGGAGCUCAGUCGGCAGGUUGUCGAUUUAAUAAGAAACCGCAAUACCGGUAUUCCGGUUGUCACGCAUACGACACUUCUGCACUAAAUAUCGUGCUCGGAAUGCACUUUAACUUCGACGAUACGUACUACGUGCAUCAGGAGCGGGAAACGUACUUUAACAAGGUUCCAGCGGAGGAAAUCACGGAAGAAUAUACGAUGAUCGUUAGGCAGAACAAUGCAACUGAAUCGAACUUAAGAAACUUCAUAUCAACGGAACGUUAAUUCCUGUAUGAUCUCAAUUAAUUUUGAAUCGAGAAUCAAGUGAUAUACGUCGAUC